AUGAAUCUUAUUCCACUGUCAGCCCUUUUAGCAUUUUUCUAUAGCUUUGCACUAUGUAAACCUGUCCAGGUAGCCACAAGAAAUAAUGAAAUGGAGAGCGAUACAACUCUGCAUGAGGGUGACAUUGUCUUGAGAAGGAAACGCAGUGCCAUAAACUGUGACAGCAGCUGCUUCUGGCCCAAGUCCCGUGAUGGGCUAGUCAACGUCCCAGUUAAUAUUUCUACAGAGUUUUCUGUGGAAGAGAGGACUUGGAUUGCUGAAGCAAUGCAGGAGUUCACAACCCUGACUUGUGUCCAGUUUAUAAAUCGCACAACAGAAACCAACUACAUAAGCGUUGUACCUGGGGAGAGCUGCUGGUCUCACUUUGGAAAGAUUGGAGGUAUGCAGAAGGUGGGCCUCAUGAAAACUGGCUGCAUGAAUAAAGGAGCAAUUCAACAUGAAAUGAACCAUGCGCUGGGUUUUUUACAUGAACAGGUCCGGAGUGACCGGGACAACUAUGUUAAGAUCAUGUGGGAAUACGUUAUGGCAGGGGAACAAGGGAACUUUAGGAAAGUGAAUUCCAAUAACCUGGGUCUUCCCUACGACUAUUCCUCAGUGAUGCACUAUGGCUUAUAUGACUUCUCUAACACCUCUGGGAAAGCAACUAUUGUACCGAUUCCUGAUCCCUCUGUACCCAUCGGACAGAGAGAGGGACUGAGUAAUCUCGACGUGGCUAAAAUCAACAAGCUCUAUAGCUGCAAUUGCUGUAGCAAUGUGCUGCAUAAACCUAGUGACACCUUCUCUUCUGUCAAUUACCCAUCCUUAUAUCCAGACAACAGCAACUGUCUGUGGCUCAUUCGCAUCCCACAGCAUCAGGUUUUCCUGCAGUUUGAUGCUUUUGAUCUUCAGCCUUCCCCAGACUGUACCUCUGACUACAUCAGAAUUUAUGAUGGAAGCAGCAGGAAUUCCAGUGUCUUACUGGACAAGUUGUGUGGGAUGGGGUCCUUACCCUCAUUGGUGGCUUCUAGAAACAUGGUGCUUGUAGAGUUUGUGAGCGAUGAGACUACUGCAGCAACAGGUUUCCAAGCCUCCUAUAGCCAGGUGAAAUGUGGAAGCACUUUGACGGGCACAAGUGGAGUGAUCACCUCCCCGAACUACCCCAACAGGUACCCCAAAAACCAGGACUGCUUCUGGAUCAUCAGUGCUCCAACAGAUCGCAAGAUAUCUCUAACAAUGGUCUCCUUUGAGCUGGAGGACAUUGAUGAAUGUAAGUAUGACUAUUUGCUUAUUCAUGAUGGGAGCCGACCCACAUCUCCAGCUGUUGGCCCAUACUGUGGGACAAUGCAGAUUGCAGACUUUACCUCCUCGGAGAACUUUGUGCUGGUAGAAUUUCACAGCGAUUUUGCUUGGGUGUUUCCUGGAUUCAUGCUGAACUACACUUUUGGUUAA